GGCUAAGCAUGCCCUCUAAAAAGCAGUACAAUCUUGUGCGAAAUGAUGAAUACGACACGAGGAUUCCUUUGCACAGCGAGGAAGCUUUUCAUCGUGGUAUUGUUUUCCAUGCCAAGUUUAUCGGAUCUAUAGAAGUACCAAGGCCAACCAGCCGAGUAGAGAUCGUAGCAGCGAUGCGACGAAUUCGAUACGAAUUCAAAGCAAAAGGAAUAAAGAAAAAAAAAGUUACAUUAGAAGUUUCUGUUGAUGGUCUCAAAGUAACGCUUCGUAAAAAAAAAAAGAAACAACAAUGGAUUGAUGAAAACAAAGCAUUUCAAAUGCAUUAUCCAAUAUACAGAAUAUUUUAUGUCUCCCACGACAGCCAUGAUCUAAAAAUAUUCAGUUACAUAGCUCGAGAUAGUAAUAGCAACUCGUUCAAGUGCAACGUCUUUAAAUCUAGUAAAAAGAAAAUGCUUAGAAGUGUGGGCAAACUCGUAAUUUCACCAGAUUUAUCAGCAAGUAUAGGCAAGAACUUAAGCGAAAGUUCAGAUCAUGGUAAACCAGAACCCGACACACCUGGUAGUUCCAGACCGCGAAAAAAAUUGUCAUUCAAAGAACCCGAAUCUUUCGGAUCUUUGAAUAUUAAAAAAUCAUCAAACAAAACAAAAAGCACACAAAUGAAUUCACCAAAUGACGCAAUGUCACAGACUUCUUGGAAUGAAAAACCGUUUGAUGAAGAUGAUAAUUAUGAAGAGCUUGAGAGUCAAGCCAUGAGAGUAGUUAGGACAGUGGGUCAAGCUUUUGAAGUGUGCCAUAAAUUAAGCCUGAAUGCAACGUCUGAACAAAGAGAUCAAGAUAUUGACAAAGAACGAGAGCAUACACUCGAACACGAUGACGAUCAUCCACUUCAUAAUGAUAAUUAUGAUGAUGAGAUGACGAAUGAACGGUCUCCAAUAAUUCAACCACGAAUACCAUCACCAAGUAUACACAAAGACAUAUCACUAGUGUGUGAUGGAGAAAAUUUAGUGCAAGAUCAUCCACCUGAUGUUGCACCUUGUGGAGUAAGAACGCACGGAUCUUCUGCAUCGCCGAUGAGACAAUCGCCAUCGGGAACAGUAGCUUCUGAUUGUGGAGAUUUAUUAAUAUCAAGUAGUAAUGAAUUGACUUCUCUCAAACAUGAAAUACAACUUCUCCAAGAACGUCUUGAUCAGCAAAGUCAACAAACGCGAGCUGCUGUGGCGCAUGCACGGUUGUUACAGGAUCAGUUAGCAGCUGAAACAACAGCACGAGUCGAAGCUCAAACACGAACUCAUCAGCUUCUUAUUCAGAAUAAAGAGCUGUUGGAGCAUAUUGGAGCAUUAGUUAAUCAUUUAAGGGAACAAGACCGCACAUUAGGAACUCACAGUACUGCCGUGGCACAGUCGCAAAAUACAGGUGCAACGAACAAUCAAAUGACUUCACCGAGUACUACCACUCCUAACUUGCCAAAUCUUGGUCAGGUAACGUGCUACCGAAUGACGCCCUGCUUUCCU